CGGAAGUGGUGGCGGUGAGUGCGCGUGCGCCCAUCGGCCAGGGGAGCGACGCGACGCGGAGGUGUCUGUGCGGCUACGGACAGCCUGAAGCACAUGCCCGUGUGAAGAUGUGCGUAUGUUCUGCGUAAGAGGCGCUUAAUUUGUCCCAUAAAUGUGUGGUGCCUGAGGUCAAAGUAGUGCUAUAAAAUGGCUAAGAGAGUGGCAGAGAAGGAGCUGACCGACAGGAACUGGGAUCAAGAAGAAGAAACUGAAGAGGUGGGAACUUUCUCAGUGGCCAGUGAAGAGGUUUUGAAGAACAGAGCAAUUAAGAAGGCAAAGCGUAGAAACGUGGGGUUUGAGUCUGAGAGUGGUGGAGCUUUUAAAGGGUUUAAAGGUUUCGUUUUACCUUCCGGAGUUGGUGGAUUUUCUGGCUUUGGCAAUGGCACCGGAACUAAGCCUUUAGGAGGACUAUCCAAUGGCAGUAGCAGCAUUACACAUAAUUCUUCACUUACCAACUUAAAGACAGCGGCUGAAACGCAGCCUACAUUUAGUUCUGUGGUAUCCAGUGGUUCAGUGAAUAAUGUUGUGGUUCAGAAAAAGCCUGCAAGUGUGGAAGCAAACGGUGAGAACCGGCAGCCGUUGUCCUCUGGAUUCAUUCAAAGUAAAGCAUGCAGCUCUGAUACUUACCAUAAACAGUUAACUGCUCUAAAUUGUUCUGUGCGUGACUGGAUAGUAAAGCAUGUAAACGCCAAUCCACUCUGUGACCUGACGCCGAUCUUCCAAGACUAUGAGAAAUAUUUAGCUGAGAUAGAACAGCAUGGAAUAAGUAGUGACAGCGGUGACUCUGAAAGUGACAAUAACAAGGCUGCUGGAACUCAGGCUGGCUCUGCAUUUGGAAGUUCAAAUCUUCAGCAAGGUUCAACAUUUUUCUUUAACAGCAACAAAUCUGAGGAUACGUCCGGAAAGAAAACGGAAUUGGAAAAGAAAACGGAACCAAAACUAGGGUCUACUUCAACCGUCUCGUUUACUUUUAGCCAGAGUGUUGACAGCUCUGGUGGGAAUUCUGGUGUAUUGCCUAGUUUCUCAUUCUCCUCUGGAAGCACAGGUUUAUUUGGAAAAGAUGCAAACCAGGGCAAGGUUGUUCCUUCAUUUUCCAGCAAUUCAUUAGAUACUCAGACAGAAAGUGGUGGCAAUGAAGAUAAAGGGGGUGAUGAAGAGGAGGAGGAGCCACCCAAAGUCGUAGUAAAUGAAAUAAAGGAAGAGGAUGCUUUCUACUCAAAGAAAUGCAAAGUCUUCUACAAGAAAGAUAAUGAAUUUAAAGAAAAAGGUGUAGGGAUGUUGCACUUAAAACCUGCAGAAAAUCAGAAGACUCAGCUCUUAAUACGGGCAGAUACUAAUUUAGGAAACAUAUUGCUCAACAUUUUGGUGCCCCCUAAGAUGCCGUGCUCAAGAACAGGGAAAAACAACGUCCUUAUUGUCUGCGUUCCGAAUCCACCUGUUGAUGAGAAGAAUGCCACGAUCCCCGUACCUAUGUUGAUCAGGGUGAAAACUAGCGAAGAUGCAGAUGAGCUGCACAACAUUUUACUGGAGAAGAAAUAGGUCUAAAAUCUGACCUAUUGAAUGUAAUGAGGAAAACUUGCCAAACUGCUGCUGCUUUUUUUUGCUUCCCUUGACUCUAUUAGUAACUGUUAAAACUUGCUUCUCUGACAUUCUAAGGACUGUCUUAGGAAUUCUGAAAGAUUUGGGUGAGGGAAAUAAACUAAGAUGGCCAAUAAAAGCUUUAAUUUAACACAAGUGUCAAUCUUUCCUCCCUUCUAAUUUGAAAUACCUAAUGAGUGAAUCGUAUUUGAAUAAAACUUGCAUAUCAAAAAAUAAAAUUUUAAUUAUACAUAAUAAAACAAAACUGUUGAAAGCACACACAUUGUCUAAAACGUUAUACCAGAAAUUGUGGAAGAGAAAAUGGUGUGAGUGGGAAGAAAAGGAUGCAUAUAAACUCCUGGGACUUAAUCCCAAGUUUGAACUCAGAUCCUUCUCCUCAAGAUGAAAUCACUGUUAGAAUUAUGUUGAAGAAAUGCUUCAAACUGAACAUUAUAACUUUGUUUUGAAUAACACAGCUGCUGGAGAACACUGAAUUUGGGGCUGAGGUUUAGCAGAAAAAUGUAUGUUGUCUGUAGAGUUCAUCUGAAAGUAAUUGUCAUAUGGUGCUUAUUUGCCAGUUAUACCGCUGUGUCUAUUCCAUGUUUGUUCAAGUGCUCUCAAAGAGCCUUAGAGGCCAAAGUUGGAGAUUCCAUUAUUCUUUUCUCAUUCCAUUGAGUUGAUGGAGAAGGUAGAGGGGCGAUAUUCUUCCCAUUGCACAUGACUUCGCCAUCUCCAAACCAACACCCUCAAAAUGCGUUUGACUACAGCUUCCGUCAUCCCCAGCCAGCUGUCACCAAACACAUUUCGAGGGCACCAGGCUGAGGAAGGCUAGUUCGGCUGUCCGUUGGAUUUUGUCACAGCCUGAGGACCUUCCGUUGCGAUGCGUCCGUGGGCUCUUACCCGCUGUACUCAUCUGCUAAUGUCCUAUUUUAGUCUUCAGGCUUGAAAACCUGUGCAAUCCCUAUUAAUGUUAGGGGGCUUGUGCAAGAGAGCUGUGAAUUGUGCUCACAUUUUGUGUGCGCACAUUUUUAAGGGGAUCAGCAGUCAGCCAAACUUUGGAUAACAUGCUAUUUGAAUAGGUGUCUUACUAAUGUGUGGAAUUCCAAAAGGUGUUGAUUGCCACAGGUUGUGAACCAUUUGAAUCUUUAAUGUAUGUUAGUGCUUUAAACUGGAAGGGGCCUGGGCUGCUGUAGAAGCAGAAGCCAUUUUAAAAAUGAAUUGGUGCCUUUUUGCAUCAGGUUUAAGUGUUGAACCUCCUCAAAAAGUAUGUGUUGGGUUAUUUCAAGAGCCCACUGCCACACACUGAAACACCUUGGGGUACAAUUUAGUCAGGAGUUACCUUGCACAAGCCCUGUUGAAAUGAAGGUGAGCUCCCAUUUAUAUCAGGGGGGCUCUACCAGUGAACGUGUCACUGGAUUAUGCUGUUUAGCAUCUGAGUGGGUGAGAAACCAGAAAUGCUAAUCUGCAUGUUAUACUGAGUCCAGUGUACAAUGAGAGGCUCAAGUUGAAUAGCCAAGAGCUUCAGUAACCCUGCUCACUCUUAUCUUUGAGAAAUAGUGUCUUAAAAACCUCCAUCUCUUUACUGCAAGUGUCUGGACCCUGUGGGGGCGAUUAGCGUGCUUUUUCUAGUAAGUAUUCCCACACACCAAAUACAAUUUUUAUAUUGAGCGACUGUUACUCUUACUGGUUUAUUGUGUAUUUUGCACUUGUCUGAUUCCUAAAAUGCAGCUGUGUAUGUGUAACAAUUCUCCAUUUGUUGAAUAGAAUAAGAAACCAUAUAUCAAUUCAUUAAGAUGCUGUUUGUUCUCAUGUCCUUUGCUAUGUCUUAUGUAAUGCUGUUCCUGUAAGAAAUCCAAUGUAUCGCAUUGCUUUUUUUAUCUUGCUUUUUGAAGUUUCAAACAGAAGGGAUGAGUGCUCAAGAGCUGUUCAAAAGGAUGAGGGAGGGUGUGCUAGCUAGCUAAGAGAGUAAUCCGUUAAAUAUCAAUAGGUAGUCAGAUUUGCUGGAAACUUUAGACUCCACAAUGCACAGUAUAGCAAAUAAAACUAAUAUACUUUGUGUCAUUUUGGGACAUUGUUGCUACAAAGCACAGUGAAUCCUAGGUAUCAAUACCAAACACCAUCAAAAAUGCAUUGAGAAAAUUGGGCUGGUGGAGCAAAAGGAUAAUACAAGGGAUGCAUUCCAGACACACAUAUGACAAGCUGCUUUUGGAACCCUGGGGUUCUCAAAGCAGUUCCUGGUGUGCUCUGAAUGACUGUUUAAAAAGUCAUAGAAAUUGCAGAAAUCCAAGGCAGAAAGAGGGUUUUCAAUGGGUGCAGGAAAUGGGUUUAAUUCAAAACACUUGGGGACCUGUAUUAUGUACAAUUUACCUUGCUGCCAAAAGGAACUUCUGACAACCUUAGUAACUGAAUGGCAUCACUUUGUUGUUGCCUUAUCUUGACUCUCCAUAAGUACAGCAUGCAACUAUGAAGGGCAAGCCUGCCGUGUCAGAUCAUGCUAAGUGUGUAAAUAUGAGUGAAGCCAUUACAUAAACUAGGUUAGUGGUUUUGGCUCCUCCUUUGGAGUAAACAUAGCGGGUUAUUUUACAGUGCCGCUGAGGAAGGCAUUCCAUUGAAACACAUGGGGUCCUGUAGGAUGUGUGUUGAAAGUAUUUCCCACACCUUUUAAGAAUGUUUCUUUGUGAUUUAAAAAAUGUCAAGAUCCCUGCCAUGUGUGCCACAGGAGCCUACAGUUGAGCUUCAGCUAUUGGGUGGUAUAAAAACGAAAUAAAUAGCAAUGUGAAUUGUGGCAAGAUGACCAGUUUCAGCAAAUGCUUAAGAAGCCCUCUUCCUUCCUCCCCCACCCACCAUCCCUCUGCGUAUAACUUGAAUGUAUAAACUAGUCAGUUUUAAAUCCUAAGUGUUGACUCUGUUUUUGGCUCACAUUAAAGUUAUUACAGGAAUCACAAUUCUAACUGCUAAGUGGAUCAAAACUACGUCGUGUUAUAGCAGAAGGACACGUGCAUAGACUUCAUCUUGCAGGGUCUUGAUAUAGCUCAUAUUGGUUUGGUCCCACUGAAAGAUAAGGUAGCAUUUUCGUCAUUUUGCAGGAUCUCGGGGUAGGUUUAAAAGUCUGUAUAAAACUGGACGAUUGAUUUUUCUUUUGCACAAAGAGGUAGCUUUAAUUAUAUUGAAAAAUCUUAAUUGAAAACUAGGCUAUUGCUAUGUGCUGUAUAAUGAAGGGACAUUGUCUUAAUUUGCAAUCUAAUCACUUGUCGCCUUGUAGACACAGUGUAGUCUGACUACUGCGGUAAGGAUAAGUAACUGCUGUUCUGUUGUCAGUUUCCAACAGAAUUUGUAAAAAAAAAAUCAUUUUUGCAUUGUGACAAGUAGAGAGGCUAAAAAGUUCAUCUACUGAUGUGUGAGAUAGUGCUCUUUUGCACGUGCACAGUCGUCUCAGAAUAGUAAGGUUAAGGCCUGGUUCUCACUGAGGUAGCAAACCUUUGUCUGGGCUGUGUUAUCACUUUUAGACCUGCCCUGCCCUGCCCAACUGGAUGUGCUCACAAUGUGUUGAAUGGCAACAGUCCACAUUUGGGAGGCACUAGGUUGAGGCGUUUGUCUUAGAUUGCAGGUAAGAGACUUGGACCAUUGAAUGUAUUUUGGGUAGAAAGGUUAUAGUGCAGCCUUCUCUGUGACGUCUUGUAUUCUAUGUAGAAUGAAUUAUUUUGUAGGAAGCAGCAUUCAGUCAUGUGAAACCCCACCUGCAGUCCAGUUCAGGUGCAGAAUUAGAGCAAAACUGCUUGUUCUGGGAGAAUGCGGUCUCUUUUUUUUUUAGUCCUUUGGAAGAUCUGUCAGACUGCAAGUUCUGGACCGCUUUUUUAUGAAGCGUUGGGGUGGGGGAUGUGUGGCUAGUUUUGAUUUAUUCUCAAUCUGCAACCAAACAUUUGUAAACUAAAAAUGUAGCUGCAUAUGAAGAAUAAUUUAGUGUUAGGUCUUGCUCUAACUCCCUUUGCAACAUCAUCUAACCUUAAAACAAUCUCAGACUGUUCUGUUCUAAUAAUGCCUUAAGUUGUUUUUAGCAGAAGUUGCUAAAUUGUAUACCUUACAUGUAACAUUUUAUAUAUUUCACGGUGCAUGGAAAUAAUGUAUAAAAGCUUAAUGAACAGCUGUCUGAACAAUCGAUACAAACUUCUCUUUCCACUUAACCAUCCAAAUAAGCUGUUUGUUUGUUUGUUCCCACCCUAGAGGACGCUAUCUUAGGAGAUAAACCAUUUGAGAAUUG